CUUCCUAUUCUCGUGGUCUCUCUAUAAAGAAGAUCUUCCAGUCUCAUUCGCCUUGUUAUUUUUGGCAAAACGUUGGCUCUACACACUUCUCUAACUGUUUGGUCUCCUUUUGGUCUCAAUAUUUUUUUUUCUGUCUGUUUCCCGGGAAAAUUGUUCAGUGGUGAAAUUCCUCGAAAUUGUUCAGUUGGCUUCGUUUUUCUCCGACCCAUUCAUUUGGCCGUAUUGUUUUGUUAUUUCUUUCGAUUAACGCUGCUAUCCAAAGAGAUUUAAUUGCAGAACAAUGGCGCACUUUCUGAACGAUGAUCUUGAAUACGUCGUUGAUGACUAUUACGAUGUCACUGACUUCGAAGAUGAUUCUUUUGGUGAUGAACAGUCUCAUACGAAUGACGCGACCGAUUUUGACUCCGAUUUCGAGGAUGACGUUGAUACGAGCAAGCCAAAGACGGAUACCUCAGCUAUGGAAGCUAGAAACGGGAAAGAUAUUCAAGGAAUACCUUGGGAAAGGCUUAACUUUACUAGAGACAAGUAUCGCGAGACGCGACUGAAGCAGUACAAGAACUAUGAGAGCCUUUCUCGCUCCCACGAACAGCUAGAAAUGCAAUGCUUGGAAGUGGAGAAGGGGAAGACCUUUUACGACUUUCACUUCAAUACAAGACUUGUCAAAUCGACGAUUGUGCAUUUCCAGCUGCGGAAUUUGCUGUGGGCAACAUCAAAGCAUGAUGUUUACCUUAUGCAGAACUAUUCAGUAGUGCAUUGGUCAUCUUUGCUCAAAAGGGGCAAAGAAGUACUCAAUGUGGUGAAGCCGAUAGUGCCUACCCUGAAGAAUCCUGGAUUGUUGGCACAGUCACUUUCUCGAGUACAAAUAAGCACCAUGGCUGUUAAGGAGGGUUUAAUGGUAGCCGGUGGCUUUCAGGGUGAGCUUAUUUGCAAGACAUUGAACCAUCACGGAGUUGCUUUCUGUACAAAAUUGACAACAGAUGAGAAUGCCAUCACCAACACAGUGGACAUUUGCCGUAAUCCUAGUGGCUCAAUGAGGGUUAUGGCUGCAAACAAUGAUGCUCAAGUUCGAGUGUUUGAUGCUGAGAAUUUCACUUGCCUUAAUCGCUUUUCCUUCGAUUGGUGUGUGAAUAACACUUGUGUUAGCCCCGAUGGCAAGUUGCUUGCUGUCCUUGGUGACAGUGCUGACUGCUUGAUUGCUGAUGCUCAAACGGGGAAGAUCACUGGGAGCCUCAAAGGGCACUUGGACUACUCUUUUGCCUCUGCUUGGCACCCAGAUGGACGUAUUUUGGCUACUGGGAACCAAGACACCACCUGCAGAUUGUGGGACAUAAGGAACCUAUCGGAGUCCUUAGCCGUUCUGAAGGGAAGAAUGGGGGCAAUAAGAGCUGUUAGGUUCACUAAUGAUGGUCGGUUUCUGGCCAUGGCUGAGCCUGCGGACUUUGUUCACAUCAUCGAUACACAUGCAGGGUAUGUCAAAGGGCAAGAGAUUGACAUAUUUGGUGAGAUUGCUGGAAUAUCCUUUAGCCCGGAUGCUGAGGCACUUUUUGUUGGGGUAGCGGAUCGUACUUAUGGUAGUCUAUUAGAGUUCAACAGGAGGCAUUUUAACCAAUAUCUACAAACGAUGUUUUAAGAUAGAACUCGUUUAAGAUGGAAAGUGUAUAUUGGUUUGAGGUCUGUACAAAAGAUAUGACUAAGUUUGCUUGUUAUGUAUUUGUUUCUACUCUAUGGAGGGACUUAGCUAUAGCUAUGACUCUACGAGACCCUUCUUAAUCUCGACAGUCGCUUAGAUUUUGGCUAGUCGGUCUUGGAGCUUAAUUUUCUUUUCUGAAGCUAAAAUGGAAGUAGAAAUUUUGUCGUUGUAAAGCUCGAAAAGUUGAUAGAUAGGUCACCUGUUACUUUUUACUCGAUUCAUAUUAUUGUUUGCUUAUGAUGCGUGUAAUUAGUUAGGGCCACAACACAAAACUCGAUUUGUAAAUUUUUACAUUUUGAAAAUAUUUGGGUGGCUCAUCCAAGUAAAUUAACUUUUCAAAUUGCUAAUUGUCUCUUUUGGGUUUAA